AUGUUUCUCUAUCUUUCUAUCUAUCUAUCUCUGUUCUUUUCAAAAUAUCACUGUUUCUCUAUCUAUCUAUCCCUGUUCCUAUCACUCUUUCUGUCUUUAUAUUCCUAUCUAUCUAUCUAUCCAUCCCUGUUCCUAUCACUGUUUCUGUCUCUAUAUUCCUAUCUAUCUAUCUAUCUAUCUACCCAUCCAUCUAUCUAUCCAUCCCUGUUUCUGUCUCUAUAUAUCUAUCUAUCUAUCCCUGUUCCUAUCACUGUUUCUGUCUCUAUAUAUCUAUCUAUCUAUCUAUCCCUGUUCCUAUCACUGUUUCUGUCUCUAUCUAUCUAUCUAUCUAUCCCUGUUCCUAUCACUGUUUCUGUCUCUAUAUAUCUAUCUAUCCCUGUUCCUAUCACUGUUUCUGUCUCUAUAUAUCUAUCUAUCUAUCCCUGUUCCUAUCUCUAUAUUCCUAUCUAUAUAUCUAUCUAUCCCUGUUCCUAUCUCUAUAUUCCUAUCUAUAUAUCUAUCUAUCCCUGUUCCUAUCUCUAUAUUCCUAUCUAUCUAUCCCUGUUCCUAUCUCUAUAUUCCUAUCUAUCUAUCUAUCUAUCUAUCCCUGUUCCUAUCUCUAUAUUCCUAUCUAUAUCUAUAUCCCUGUUCCUAUCACUGUUUCUGUCUCUAUAUUCCUAUCUAUCCCUGUUCCUAUCACUGUUUCUGUCUCUAUAUUCCUAUCUAUCUAUCUCUGUUCCUAUCACUGUUUCUGUCUCUAUAUUCCUAUCUAUCUAUCUAUCACUUUUUCUGUCUCUAUAUUCCUAUUUAUCUAUCCCUGUUUCUGUCUCUAUAUUCCUAUUUAUCUAUCCCUGUUUCUGUCUCUAUAUUCCUAUCUAUCUAUCUAUCUAUCUAUCUAUCCCUGUUCCUAUCACUGUUUCUGUCUCUAUAUUCCUAUCUAUCUAUCUAUCUAUCUAUCCCUGUUCCUAUCACUGUUUCUGUCUCUAUAUUCCUAUCUAUCUAUCUAUCUAUCUAUCCCUGUUCCUAUCACUGUUUCUGUCUCUAUAUUCCUAUCUAUCUAUCUAUCUAUCUAUCUAUCCCUGUUCCUAUCACUGUUUCUGUCUCUAUAUUCCUAUCUAUCUAUCUAUCUAUCCCUGUUCCUAUCACUGUUUCUGUCUCUAUAUUCCUAUCUAUCUAUCUAUCCCUGUUCCUGUCACUGUUUCUGUCUCUAUAUUCCUAUCUAUCUAUCGAUCUAUCUAUCCCUGUUCCUAUCACUGUUUCUGUCUCUAUAUUCCUAUCUAUCUAUCUAUCUAUCUAUGUUUCUGUCACUAUAUUCCUAUCUAUCUAUCUAUGUUUCUGUCACUAUAUUCCUAUCUAUCUAUCCCUGUUUCUGUCUCUAUAUUCCUAUCUAUCUAUCUAUCCCUGUUUCUGUCUCUAUAUUCCUAUCUAUCUAUCCCUGUUUCUGUCUCUAUAUUCCUAUCUAUCUAUCCCUGUUUCUGUCUCUAUAUUCCUAUCUAUCUAUCCCUGUUUCUGUCUCUAUAUUCCUAUCUAUCUAUCUAUCCCUGUUUCUGUCUCUAUGUUCCUAUCUAUCUAUCUAUCCCUGUUUCUGUCUCUAUGUUCCUAUCUAUCUAUCCCUGUUUCUGUCUCUAUGUUUCAUUCAUCUAUCUAUCCCUGUUUCUGUCUCUAUGUUCCUAUCUAUCUAUCUAUUUAUCUAUCUAUCCCUGUUUCUGUCUCUAUGUUCCUAUCUAUCUAUCUAUUUAUCUAUCUAUCCCUGUUUCUGUCUCUAUGUUCCUAUCUAUCUAUCUAUCUAUCUAUCUGUCUGUCCCUGUCUCUAUGUUCCUAUCUAUCUAUGUUCCUAUCAAAAUAUCACCAUUGUUUAUUCACAGGUUCGGAGACAAUGUUGAUAAAAAAAUAAGAAACAUUUUCUUUCUUUUUUUCAUCUCUCUCUCUCUCUCUCUCUCUCUACCCAUCUAUUUUUCUAUCUAUCUCGCUCGACAGUCUAUUCAUCAACCAAUCACAUGA